CCUGUGGGCGUGAGUUCUUGUUCUGUCCCUGGGGGGACCGAGAAGGUCCGGUUUGGGAAGUUUUGCAGGCAGGUGCAAACUUACAGUGUUUAAGAAAUGUGAAAGAAAAGGAGUCAAGAAACUGGGGGGAUGGAGUGUGACCUCAACUCCAGAAGAAGGAAGGAAACAGCUCAGAGUGGGGAGUGGAGACCGAAAAGAAGGCAUUAGAGGCUUUCUCUCAAGCUGGGAGGGGUUUUGCUGGGAUUCCUUUGCUAGAUCACUUGAAUUUCCGUUUUCUGAGUUAAUAUCACACUUUGCUGAAACUGGGAAGAAAAGAGGCAGGAUUCCAGCAUUUAGUAACUCAAAUCUGAAUACUAAAUUUUCAUCCAGAGGCAUAUGUACUUAAAAUAUCAAGCCGGUCUGUCAUAGGGGACAGAAUGCGUUUUAAUUUGUAGAUAAUCAGUUAUUGAAAACUGGAUGUGUGUCUUUUUGUUUUUUGAGAUUUCUUGUUGCAAUGUUUUUUGUCUGUCAUUGUGCACAAGGGCUUAAAUUCAAGCUGGAGUAUUUUGUACUCGCCAGUUGCCUAAGCAUCCGGGGGCAGUGUGGAAGGGUCUGUGAAUCAUCAUGAACCAUUUUCACAUGUUUAAGGUUUCUGACCCUUCAUAUAAAAACCUUUAGACUAUGAAAAGAUCCUAUACUAAGUACAAUUUCACCUUUAUACUUUACAGUUUACAUAAUAAUUUUUAUAUCUAUUAUCUUAUUCACCAUUAACCAAAAUUUGGCACAGUCCAUGGGAGAAGCUCCAUUUUAUUGAGGAGGAAAUUGGGGCUGGAAGAGUUUGUAAGUUUCCACAUGUGUAAACAGAGGAUGAGAUUAUUUUAAUGCUUGAAAUUUACAUAAUGCUUCUUUGGUCUACAUUUUUCUUUCCACUGAUUCUCCCAAAGACCCUGAUAGGUUGAGCUGGUAACAUGAUUCCAGUUUUACAGAUAAAAAACAAGGGCUAUGAUCUGGCAGAACUAAUAAGCCCUGGGAGGGGGGCUCCCAGGGCUGGGCUCUGUCUCCUCUGUCCCAGCCUUGUAGCACCAGGUCAGAUUUUCAUUCAAAAGACAAUUAGGAAGAUGGUUUGCCGUGGGAAAAAAUUAAAUAUAGAUUAUUAAAGUGAAAGGGGAAAAAAUAAACUUAUUUUGUGCUUCUCCCUUUUGGCACUUUUGUCCUGUGAAAAAACAGUACUAAAAGCACCCUUAAAAGGUUUUAGAGAAAAGAGAUUAAAAAUUAGAAACUUGAGUCUUCUUGGAUUAUCUGUAGGACUGUUGGAGAACACUGUUGGAUGAAGGACAUGGCAUGGGAAUUGAGAUGGGAAAAACAAAACUGAAAACGGGCUGUGGUUUAGAGUCUCAAACUGAAAUUUAAGGUGCAAGACAGAAAAGUUAAAUCCAACAAUUUGGUACAUAGUUUUAGGCCCUAUUGAAUGACCUUGCGUUUUAAGAACUAUUUUUGGAAAGGAACAUUUCAAACUGAGUGGCGGGAUUUGGGCAAAAGUCAGGAAUUUGGCUACUUCCCAUCGCCACAUCUGAUCUCCUGGAAGGCUGUGCAGAUACAAGGAUGGGUCGCUCUUCAUCCCUUGGCAACGGAUGUUACUGGAAAUAUUGCGAAAGACCCAGCCAGGAGCAGGCAAGGGCUCGACCCAGGGACCACGAGCUGAUAUCGCGAGCUUCCGGACGCCUAAGCCAGAAGUCGCGCAUCCCGCGGGGCCGGGCUGCGAUCGAGACGAGUUGGAGAAGGCGGAGGAGGAGCCGGGAAUCCCGCCGCACCGGCAGUAGCCAGGCUCCCGGCGCGGGCCUCACAGAGCGCGUGAAGGCGGGCAGCCCCUCGCCCUAGCCGGCCAUCCCGUGCCCCUGCGUCCCUGUGCUUCGGCGCCCACGCGGCCACCAUGAUGCAAAUUUGCGACACCUACAACCAGAAGCACUCGCUCUUUAACGCCAUGAAUCGCUUCAUCGGCGCCGUGAACAACAUGGACCAGACGGUGAUGGUGCCCAGUCUGCUGCGCGACGUGCCGCUGGCCGAGCCCGAGCUGGACAACGACGUCGGCGUGGAGGUAGGCGGCAGCGGCGGCUGCCUGGAGGAGCGCACGCCCCCGGCCCCCAGCCCGGGCAGCGCCAAUGGCAGCUUUUUCGCGCCCACCCGGGACAUGUACAGCCACUACGUGCUGCUCAAGUCCAUCCGCAACGACAUCGAGUGGGGAGUCCUACACCAGCCGCCGGCGGCAGGGAGCGAGGAGGGGAGCGCCUGGAAGUCCAAGGACAUCCUGGUGGACCUGAGCAACCUGGAGGGCGCGGACGCCGGCGAGGAGGACCUGGAACAGCAGUUCCACUACCACCUGCGAGGGCUGCACACUGUGCUCUCCAAACUCACGCGCAAAGCCAACAUCCUCACUAACAGAUACAAGCAGGAGAUCGGCUUCAGCAAUUGGGGGCACUGAGGCGGGUCGCCCGCGGCUGUCCCGCACCCUUCCUGGUCCCAUCUCUCACCCUCUCUCUUUCCUUAAAGCUAUUUUCUUUCUGGCUCUAGGGCGCGAUGGGCGGACUGCAAAGUUGGGGGGCUGCGUACAUGCUGGGGGCGCAGCAGGGCAGCAUGGAGGAAGGGGCUUCUUUGGCGAGAGCAGAGAGGAAAGUGGUGGCCAAAGAGGUGGGAUAGUGCUCAAGGACUUCCUUCUCUCCCCCGGCGGGGUCGGGCGGAGGUGGGGGAAUGAGGGGGCUGUGUUCUACUUUGGUGGGAAUGGGCCUGAGUUGACGCCCUGCAUUCAGUCUGUGCCUUUCCUGGAGUUUCUUUUCUUUCCGGAGGAGAAGGGCCGAGAAUAGGCCAUUCCGGGGCGCGGCGCUGGGUUGCCACACUUGGGAGCGCUGCCCGGAGCUGAGCGCUGGGGAAGGCGGGGCGAUUGCGCAGCCUCCCGCCGCCCUGCCGUUGGGCUGGUGGAGGCAGCAGUGUUGCUAAGGUUGCAUCAGUUUUCCGGUAACAGUGGCCCCGUCCUAAGUAUUUCGAAUCUCCUCCUUGCUCUGAAACUUCGGCGAUUCCAUUGUGAUAGGCGCACAAACAGCACUGUGUCGGUAACCGGUACUAGUUUAUUAAUGAUUUUCUGUUACACUGUAUAGUUGUCCUGUGGCACCUCUAUCCCAUCCCUUUCACACCACCCCCACCCCAGUAUGUGUAAGCUGGCACGGUGCCAGCUUGUAGGAAGCUUGCCACUUGGUGAAAAUAAUAACAUUGUUAUGAGAAAGUGGACUUACCCAAGAUGGAACCAACUGACAUUCUAUCCAUGUUGUACAUAGAAUGAUGAAGGGUUCCACUGUUGUUAUAUGUCUUAAAUUUAUUUAAAACUUUUUUAAUCCAGAUGUAGACUAUAUUCUAAAAAAUAAAAAAAAGCAAAUGUGUUAACGAAACUUGACAAAAGUUUGUUGCUUUCUAAUCUGCCAAUGAAUGGCUUAGUCGUUAAAUAAAAAUAAACUUUUUUUUUUUUUA